UUCCUUUUUCCUCCUCCUUCUCUUAUCUGUCUGUUCCUCAUUUCCCACGUUACUUUUUCCCUAUCAUCAAACACCAUUUCAUCUGAUCUCUCCCCCUUCUUCUCCUCUUACUGUUUUUCUUCUUUAUUUUUUCUCUUUUUAAUCCUCUUUUUCUGAUAAAAGAUAUUUAAUCUUAAUCCCAAAGCUGGUUUUCGAUCUAUCAAUUUUGUUGCCAUUUUUGGUUGACGGUUUCUAUUUGUAUUUGAAUUUUCUGGUCAAUGUAGCUUUAUUUUCGUUCUGAUUAGGGUUUUUAUUCCUAAUCUGUGACUGUAGAUUUUUGGGAAUCACUUUUGAUAUCAAUUUUAAGGCAUGUGAUGCGAAAGAUCUCCGUUUUCGUUUCUUAAUCCUUUUUUUUUUUUUCUAAUUGAAAAGGAGGAAGAAUCCCAGUCCCCCCCCCCCUCCCCCUUCUGAAAUUGGAGUUUGGGUUACUUUGAUUCUUAGUAUCAGUUUGGUUUCCAGUUGGUUUUCCUAUUUCAACGCUAAUUAAUGCGUAUGCUGUAAAAAGCUCAGCUCUUAUUUGUGGAGGAAAAAAAAAGAAUCUGUGGACCGGACAAUUUCGGGAAUCUGUUGGUUUUUUGGGUGGAGGGUUAUGCAUGAGGAAAAGCUAAUUGGUUGCAAAUCUAAGUGAAUAUGGCGUUUUCUGCUUCUAUGGAGAAAUCGAAGAUUGACCAUAUUGUUGGAGGCAAAUUUAAGCUAGGAAGGAAAAUUGGGAGUGGAUCUUUUGGAGAGCUCUAUCUGGGUGUAAAUGUGCAAACCGGCGAAGAGGUUGCUGUUAAGCUGGAACCCGUGAAGACCAAGCAUCCUCAGCUUCAUUACGAGUCAAAGUUAUAUAUGCUUCUUCAAGGAGGCACUGGAAUUCCACAUCUAAAAUGGUUUGGAGUUGAGGCCGACUACAAUGUCAUGGUUAUUGACCUUCUUGGACCAAGUUUAGAAGAUUUAUUCAACUAUUGCAACAGAAAAUUUACAUUAAAAACAGUACUGAUGCUUGCGGAUCAACUUAUUAACAGAGUUGAAUACAUGCAUUCAAGAGGUUUUCUUCACCGUGAUAUAAAGCCCGACAACUUUUUAAUGGGCCUAGGCCGCAAAGCAAAUCAGGUGUAUGUCAUUGAUUAUGGCCUUGCAAAGAAGUAUAGGGAUCUUCAGACUCACAAACACAUCCCAUACAGAGAAAAUAAGAACCUCACAGGCACAGCUCGCUAUGCAAGUGUCAACACUCACCUUGGAGUUGAACAAAGUAGACGGGAUGAUUUGGAGUCUCUUGGUUAUGUGCUCAUGUAUUUUCUAAGAGGAAGUCUUCCCUGGCAGGGAUUAAGGGCUGGCACAAAAAAGCAAAAAUAUGACAAGAUCAGCGAAAAGAAAGUUUCAACUCCCAUAGAGGUGCUUUGUAAAUCAUACCCAUCCGAGUUUGUAUCAUAUUUCCACUACUGCCGAGCAUUGCGGUUUGAAGACAAACCAGACUAUUCAUAUUUGAAGAGGCUUUUUCGAGAGUUAUUUAUUCGAGAAGGUUAUCAGUUUGACUAUGUUUUUGACUGGACGGUUUUGAAAUACCCUCAGAUUAGUUCCAGCUCUAGAGGACGACUUUCCACUGGAAAACCAGGCCAUGCAGGACCAUCUGUAGAAAGACCCACAGAAAAGGUCUCAGUUGGGAAAGAGAUUCGGGAUAGAUGGUCAGGUGCAGUUGAAGCCUUUUCUACGAGGAAGAUCUCAGUCUCUAGUCCCCAUGACAAUUCCAGAAACAGGUCUUCAGAGAAUCAUUUGCAGCAACUUGAGCCAGAGAAAGGGCGCAGUUCUUCUCGUUAUGGCAGCAACACAAGAAAAGCUGUCAUCUCAAAUAGUAGGCCAAGUUCCUCAGGCGAACCCAGUGAAAGUCGUUCAAACAGAUUACUUUCAAGUAGUGGCCGCCUGACUUCUUCACAGAGACUCCAACCUGGGUAUGAUCCAAAAUCAUCUACUCGGGCAGUAGCUCCUUCUAAAGGCACCCGUGAGGACACUUUUAGGAGCUUUGAGCUCCUUGCAAUCAGGAAGUGACGAGAGUUUGAUAUAAGAAGGUACUUGCUUAAGCGUGCAUGGAUUGAUUAUUUACUCUUCCAUGUCGAGUAAUCUUGGAAUUUAUAAACUUGCCAUUGUAUAUGGAUAUCACUUGAUCACUGUCGCCACUGACGAUUUCACGUCUUUUAAGAACGUUACCUGUCUUGUUCCUGCUCGCUUUAUUUUUUGCCUCCUUUUUUGGCUCUUGUAACGUGUUUUAGAAACAACCAAGAGUUAUGUAAGGUACUUUUUUUCUUAUAUAUGGAACUCCAUUUGUCAUUA